AUGAAGGUCACUCUUUCGACCCUUCUCAUCGCCAGCGCGGCGUUCAGCUCGGCCAUCGCCGUCGCUGAUCCCGCUGCUGUUGCCAACGCCGACGCUGAUGCCCGCCGCGGCCGCAUUUGGAAGUGCGGUGUCCCUGGCCAGGCUUGCAACAAGGCUCGUGACGCCGCUCCUGAGCCCGUUGCUGAGCCAGCUCCUGUUGCUGAGGCUGACGCCGAGGCCCGCCGUGGACGUAUCUGGAAAUGUGGUGUCCCCGGCCAAGCUUGUAACAAGGCUCGUGAUGCUGCUCCUGAACCAGCUGCUGAGCCAGCUCCUGUUGCCGACGCUGAUGCGGAGGCCCGCCGCGGCCGUAUCUGGAAGUGCGGUGUUCCCGGCCAGGCCUGCAAUAAGGCUCGUGACGCCGAGCCAGAGGCCGAUGCCCGUCGCGGCAGAUUCUGGAAGUGUGGUGUCCCAGGCCAAGCCUGCAACAAGCCCCGUGACGCCGGUCAAGCUGGUUUCUGCGGUCUUCCCGGAGAAGCUUGCUCCCGAGUCAAGCGUUCCGCACUGGCCAUCGCCGACGCUUUCGCUGAGGCCGAUGCCGAGCCACAGAGCUUCUGUGGUGCCCCAGGUCAGCCUUGCGAGAAGGCUCGCCGCUCCAUCGAGGAUGUCGGCACUGCAGCUGAGGAGGCCUACAACCUUGUCAGUGAACGUGAAGCAAACUACAUCAUCCAGAGCAGAGAAGCCAAGGGCCGCAUUUGGAAGUGUGGUGUUCCAGGCCAAGCUUGCAACAAGGCUCGUGACGCUGAGGCAGACCCAGAGGCCGGCUUCAUCUGGAAGUGCGGUGUCCGAGGCCAAGCCUGCAACAAGAAGAGAGAUGCCGACGCCGACGCCCGUCGCGGCAAAUUCUGGAAGUGUGGUGUUCCUGGCCAGGCUUGCAACAAGGCUCGUGACGAGAUCCAGUCUCUCGGUGUGAGCCGAUUCUGCGGACAGCGCGGCUCCGAAUGCGAUGCCAACGACCUCGAGGCCCGUGAUGCCGACGCUCGCCGCGGCAGAAUCUGGAAGUGUGGUGUCCCAGGCCAAGCUUGCAACAAGAAGCGAGCCCUCGCCACCAGGUCUGCCAUCGACGCCAACCCCAACUACGGCGCAGCCCGCUUCUGCGGUGUCCGUGGCAACCGAUGCGACAAGUUCGGCAUCGAGGCCCGUGACGCUGACGCUGAAGCCCGUCGUGGAGGCCGCAUCUGGAAGUGUGGUGUCCCUGGCCAAGCCUGCAACAGGAAGCGCGAGGCUGAGGCCGAUGCCGACGCUGAAGCCCGCCGUGGCAGAAUCUGGAAGUGCGGCGUCCCCGGCCAAGCCUGCAACAAGAAGCGCGAAGAGGAAGACUUCCUCGCGGACGUCAACGACGACCAGAGCGGUUUCUGCGGUGUCCCCGGCGAGGCCUGCGAGGUCACCAAGCGCAACGCCGAAGCCCGCCGCGGCCGCAUCUGGAAGUGUGGUGUCCCCGGCCAGGCCUGCAACAAGAAGCGCGAGGAGGCGACCAACCUCGCGCGCCAGAUCUCCGAGCUCGACCCCGAGCACCUCGAGGAGGUGUGCCACGCCGAGGGCGGCGAGUGCAGCGCCAUCAAGCGCGCGUACGCCGAGUUCAUGGAGAUCAAGCGGGAUGCCGAGGCGGCGCAGGCUGCUGACUCCCUGGAGACCCGCGCAGCGUUCUGCGAUACCCACGACUGUACCUAUGCUACUCGUCGCUGGAUCGUGACCAAGGCCGAUGAUGGCGAGGAGGCGCAUCUCGAGGAGAAGCGCUGCUCCGAGCCAGGUGGUGACUGUGAUGUUGCCAAGCGUGCCCUUGAUGAGCUUGAGGAGACCCUCAAGCGCGCUGUUGAUGCGAUGGAGCAGUAG